UCUGGUUCCCAAUAGACCAUCGGGGUUCUCUUGCAUAGUCUACAUACACUCGUUCACUCCAGUAAAACCAUCUCAAGCAAAAUGUACGUCCUCGCCGCCCUCACUUUCGCUUCCGCGGCCCUCGCGGUGCCCUUCCCUCUUAGAAGGGCAUACGGUACGGGUGCGCCAUCCUACCCGGCUAUCCCUACACCCGUUCCUACAUUUCCCGGUACUGCACCGACUGGCGGAUCGACAGCCUUGCCAACCGUAGUUGAUCCAACAACGUCGUCGUACCAUGUUACCGUCACGUAUGCGACCAGCUCUUCGGUUCUCACGUCUGCAGUGCCAUUCCCAACAAGUUCCCUAGAGACAUCUGUCUCAUCGCUAUCUUCAUCUCUCCCUAUUUCUCAGCCGGAGCCUACGCCGUCUGUGUCUCAGCCAGCCGACGUGCCCUCUUCAUUCCCAACGUUUCCGGCUUCUUUCCCGACGUUCCCCGGAACUGCCCCGGGAACUGCACCAGGAACCGUACCUACUGGCGGUUUCCCUCAGCAGCCGGCUACCUCCCAGUACUCCGUGAGCGUUAGCUACUCCCGGACCAACCCCGGCUACCCAGUUGCCACGCCCAACUAAGCUAUACGCCUACAAUGAGAAGACACGCGGCACGCCCCCCUCGGAAAAGAAAAGAAAAAUUUGAUUCGCAAGAUCGAAGACGACCCUCUACC